UGCGUCUAUCAUCUGAUUCCGUUUAGACGGUAUACCACAACUAUCAACGUAUCACGAUCCAAGAAUCGCCUAACAAAGUUGCAGCUGGUCGUCUGCCUCGAUCGAAGGACUGUAUCUUGCUUGGAGAUCUUUGUGAUUCUUGUAAACCUGGAAGUUACCGGAGUUUAUUCUAACAACUUCGACGGCGCUCUCAAUUACAAGCAAGGCUUCCCCGUCUUCAAUACCCUGAUACAUGCUAACCAUAUCACAAACAAGGAUAAGAUAGCCAGCAGUCAACUAACUGACGAGGAUGUGAAGGCUAUUCGCGAACUCUCCAAAGACCCUCACAUUGCAGAACGAAUUUUUGCAUCAAUUGCUCCUUCUAUCUAUGGACACGAAUACGUAAAACAGGCUGUUGCCUUAGCGCUGUUCCGUGGUGAAGCCAAGAAUCCAGGAGAAAAGCACAGGCUAAGGGGUGACAUCAACGUGCUUCUCUGUGGAGAUCCAGGAACUGCAAAGUCCCAGUUUCUGCGAUUUGCCGCUCACACAGCUCCUAGGGCUGUACUCACCACUGGACAGGGAGCAUCUGCAGUUGGUUUGACGGCUUAUGUGCAACGACAUCCGGUUACCAGAGAGUGGACGUUGGAAGCUGGUGCGAUGGUUCUUGCCGACAAAGGUGUUUGCCUUAUCGAUGAGUUUGAUAAGAUGUCCGACCAAGAUCGAACUUCUAUUCAUGAAGCCAUGGAGCAGCAGUCUAUUUCUAUUUCGAAAGCUGGUAUCGUAACGUCCUUACAUGCUAGAUGUACAGUGAUCGCAGCAGCAAAUCCAAUAGGAGGACGUUACAACUCAUCGCGUACAUUUGCUGAGAAUGUGGACCUAACGGAGCCAAUCUUAUCCCGUUUUGAUGUGCUGUGCGUGAUCAGAGAUACAGUUGACCCGGUUGAG